AUGGCGAAAGACUUGAGAUCUCACCCUGAGCAGGAUCAGGAACACGAGGGCGCCUCAGUAGGCGAGAUCCUCAUCGAAGCCGCGCGCCGCAACAACACCGACCUCCUAAAAGAAACAAUCGACAGUAUCGGUGACGAAGAUAAAGUAGCCAAGAUCCUGAAUGAGACGAAGACUGUGCUGGGGAACUACAUCUAUCAUGAAGCCGCUCUGAGAGGGAACUACGAAAUAAUCGACAUGCUGCUCGACCAACCUGGCUUCGAAUGCGACCCCAUCUCCCGCAUCGAGCACGACACACCUCUCCACUCCGCAAUCCGCUACCUCAACUCCCUCACGGAAUCCUCUCCCCUCACACCCGCCAUCUCCACCUUCUCGACCGAACUAAUCACCAUGAUGAUCGAAGCCGGGUCGGACCCACGACUGCGCAACAAAGCCAACCUCACGCCCUACCAGCUGGUCGAUCCGCGGAACGAGAAGUUGAGACAGCAGUUGCAGGAUGCGGUCGAUGUGGUGCAGAACCAGGGCGAUUAUAUUGAGGAUGUGGAGGAGGGGGGCUAUGAGGGGGCGGAUGGAGGGGAGGAUGGUGAUGUGGGCAGUGCGAGUGAUUCGGAUUUUGAUCCGGAGGAGUAUAGGAGGGAGAGGGAGAGGAGGAAGGAGAGUAGUAAGGGGAAGGGUGGGAAAUAG